GCUGUCACUGAUCACACUUCAGAGGCAGAAGAAGCUGAGCUGAAAACAUCACAAACCCCCCCCCCUCCGACAGAAGACAAGAUGUUUACACAAAGACAGACACACCUGGAAAUGGUCUUCCUUUCAGCAGUGGCAUCGCUGCUUCUCCUGACCCCAGCAGGACAAAGUGCAAUGCUGACUGACAACCUGCAGACCACAGCGGCUCCUGCGCUGUCCAACUCCACCCUGACCACACAGCUCAACAACAGCAGGAUGGAGGAGCUGCUGAUUAUGCACUCACGCAGACCAUGUGGGAGCGCAGAUGAAAACUUCUGUGUAAACGGCGGAGAGUGCGUUUACCCGCAAGACGAUGACAAACCUUCUUGCAUCUGCCCGCCCUCAUACAUCGGCCAGCGCUGCAUGUUCUUCAGUGAACACACUCGCUCUCUGCCUGAGUUAGAGCAGCUGAUUGCCAUCAGUUUUGGGAUAGUCAUGCUUAUCGCUGUCCUGGCCAUCAUCAUCUACUGCAUUGCCUAUAAGAAGUGUAUAAAGUCAGCACCACUAAUCAAAUCUGCACCGUCUAAGUCGCCAGUGUGACCCCUACAACUGACUGUUCAUCAUCACCAUCACCACCAUCACCAUCACCAUCUUUAUCACCAUCACCAUCUUCAUCAUGUGUCACUGCCAUUUUCAGUAUUAUUAUAGAAUAUAGAUUGAGUAGUAUCUCAAUAACCAUAACAUUUUCAUCAAACUGUAUAAUUCACAGGAUUGGCACUGAUUUACUAAACAGUUAAGAGACUAGAAGAAAGAUUACACUGUUUCAGAGCCUGUUAUUUGAAAUAGGGUCAAAUAUUUAUCACUUCGAUGUUGUCUAAACAAUGAGACAGAACAAAUAUGAUUAUUUAUUGUACUGUAGCAAUUAACUUAUUUUACAUGUUCAUUUUAUUUAACAUUUUGUAAUAAAUGUAUGAA